UUGGCCGACGGAUCCGGCGCUGCCUGAAAAGUUGAACAUUUCUCAACUUUUUGACGGAGCCGAAUGGACUGAUGGGCCAUCAGUGAUGGCCCCACAGUGCAUUUCGCGAGCGCCCCAUGCAAAGCCAAUGAGAUCCGCAGACGGACGGAGGUAGUGUGAACAAGCCUCCUCUGCUGGUGCUGAAUCGUGUUCCUGUUGGAGAUGGCGGGUGGUGGAACCUGUACGGCGUUGUGGUUCCUCUUCAGACUCGUCUCAUGUCAGCAGAACAUGCCUCUUCCACCCUGUGACAGUGAAAUAUAUUGCACAGGGCAACUCCUGCACCAUGUCCAAACGGCCAAACUAUUUAAUGAUGACAAACACUUUGUUGAUAUGAAGUUGAAAGAACACCCUGAUGUGGUGUUGUCAGCUUUUCAAAACCUGUCCCAGGACUGGCCCAGCAACGCCAUCCCCCCCUCCACCCUUCGGGACUUUGUGGGGUUGUACUUCGACGAACCCGGGCAGGAGUUUGAACCCUGGACCCCACCUGACUGGAAAGACAAUCCGAAGCUUCUGGGCAGGAUAGAAGACCCAGCGCUGGCCGGCUGGGCUGCAAAGCUCAACCAACUGUGGAAGUCUCUUGGAAGGAAGAUCCGCCAGGAGGUGCGAGACCACCCCGAGCUCUACUCCCUGAUCCCCACCCCCCACCCCCUGGUGGUGCCGGGGGGGCGCUUCAGGGAGCUGUACUACUGGGAUUCCUAUUGGGUGGUCAACGGGCUGCUCCUGUCAGAGAUGACGACCACUGCCCGAGGAAUGAUCCAGAACCUCCUCUACCUUGUAGACACAUACGGCUUCGUUCCAAACGGCGGGCGGGUGUACUAUGAAAGGCGCAGCCAGCCUCCGUUCCUGACGUUGAUGGUGGAGAGCUACUACCAGGCCACCCAGGACCAGGCCUUCCUCAGGGGAGCCUUGCCCACUCUGGACAAGGAGUACUCCUUCUGGAUGCAGAACCGCUCCCUCACCCUGCAUAAUCACACGCUCAACCGCCACCACGUCCCCGUGGGGUCUCCCAGGCCUGAGUCCUACACGGAUGAUCUGGAGCUCGCUGAGGGACUGACCACCGAUCUCCAGAAGCAGCUGCUGUGGGAGGAGCUAAAGGCGGGGGCGGAGUCUGGCUGGGACUUCUCCUCCCGCUGGUACCGAGCCACGCCCCCGGGCCAGACCCCGUCCCUGGGGCACACGGGGGCCAGCCAGGUCCUGCCGGUGGACCUCAACGCCCUGCUCUGCCGCAACGAGAGGACCCUGGCCUCCUUCCACAGGCUCCUGGGGGACCCCGAAGCGGCCGCUGGCUACGAGCGCGCGGCGGCGGUCAGGCAGCGGGCGAUGGAGGCCUUGAUGUGGGACGAGCGGCGCGGCGCCUGGUUCGACUUCAGCCUCCUCGCCAACGCCACCCGGACGCAGUUCCACCCCUCCAACCUGGCGCCGCUCUGGGCGCAGUGCUUCUCCGCGCCCGCCAUGGCUGAGAGGGCCCUGGUGUACCUCCAGGAGUCUGGGGCGCUGCGGUUCCCUAACGGCGUCCCCGCGUCGCUGCAGGACAGCGGGCAGCAGUGGGACUACCCCAACGCGUGGCCCCCGCUGCAGCACAUGCUCAUUGAGGGUUUGUCGAAGUUGCCUUCGGUUGAGGCCAAAAAACUGGCAUUUGAUUUGGCCCAGAACUGGAUCAGAACCAACUGGAGGGCGUUUGACAAGUACGACGCCAUGUUUGAGAAGUAUGAUGUGAACGGAGACGGUAAACCAGGCGGGGGUGGGGAGUAUGACGUUCAGCUGGGCUUCGGCUGGACCAACGGCGUGGUCCUCCAGCUCCUGGACCUCUACGGAGACCGGCUCACCGCCGGAGGUCUGAGUGGGACCACCACCACCAGCUCGCUGCCCCUGCUGCUCUGCCUGCUCCACGUCACGCUCCAGUGACCUCCUCCCACAGCGCCCGGUCGGCAGCGGCGCGGGCUUAGCGUACGGCCGAGUUCACUUUACUGCACACCCGCCUCAGAACACACGUCAGCUCACCGCUAUGGCUCCCAGGGAAGCAGCCCACGUCGGACGGAUGAACGCAUUACCCACGGGGACGAGGAUGUCUGUCUUUAGAUGGUAUUGCUGGGACCUCCUCCCAGUGAGUAGUGUGAAAAAUGAAACCAAAUCCUGUGAUUGCCUUGAAGACGCUUAAUAUAUGUCACUGUUUCA